AAUUGACCACUUCUACUUUUCGGGUUUUCAGAGAAAACAUGUUCAAGUAUGAGGAAAUCGAAUCAGUAAAAGGUCUGGUGGAUGUGAUAAACCUAUACAAGGGAUCUCUUUAUCAUGAAAUUUCCAACUUUGAUAUGCAGAGCAAACAGGAUUUAUUGAGAAACUUUAUUCGCCUGCAGCUGAAUGAAAGACGCGCCGAGCAUUCAGAAGAAGAAGUCAGAGUUUUUGAUCUUGAGGAGCCCGAAUUUAGACUGAAGCUGAAGUCUCAAUUAUCUGCAUUAAGGAGAGCAGGAUAUACGAAUUUGGAAACUGAAAGUGAUGUUCCGAUUGAUCUGAGAAAUAUCGGAGAGCUUUUUGCUGGCAAGUUGUCGCAAGAACAAACUUCUGAGCGAGUAAUCUCGAUUGAUAACCGCGACUCAAUUAGAAAAUCAGUCAUGUUUCAUGUUCCCAGCUUGAACAAAAUUUCGAUGCAGUGUUUUGACGAAAUAAUCAAAUCAAAGACUGAAUAUAAAACCAGCGUAAAAAGAAAUAAGAAAAUGGUUUUCUUGGAUGCGAUUUGCCCUGCAACGGUUAAAGUGGAAGACGCUCUGUUAUUUUAUCAAGUUAACAAGGAUGAUUUUGAAGGUCAGAGUUCUGGAAAGAAAAGAAAGCUGAAUGGAAUAUGUGAUAGUGACUGUGGUGUUCAUUUGGACAAGAAGUUCUCUGUGCCUCCAAGAAUGAUUGAAGAUUUUGAUUGGCUAGCAGAAGAGGUGAAGUCGGAAUGCGGAUGGGAGGCUCCCAAGAAAUCGAGGGAUUCUAAAGGGAAAGUAUUACAUAAUGGAGAUGUGAACACUUCAAAUGAAUCAUCCCUACCGCCUCCAUCUCAUUAUUUGUUGAGUCCAUCCCAAAUGACUGAACUGGGAUACCCGGACGAAAACGAACUAAUGAGUGCUUGUGGCUACAUGCGCAUCCCUUCAGUGUCCAAGGUGAAUCUCACUUCAGAUAGUCCCCUUCUGGCUAUAGACUGUGAAAUGUGUCUAGUGAGAAACAGAUACACUCUGCAGUCUGAGUCAGCACUGACUAGAGUUGCAGUUGUGGAUGAGAAAUAUAACACACUAUAUGAUACUCUGGUGAAACCGAAGGUAAGUGUAGAUUAGUUGGGCAGAAUAAUAUCGGGAGGGUUUGAUAAGAGUCCGAUUGUUAACAGUUCAAAAACAGUGAAGUUUGGCAAGUGUAAAUCAACGAAGUGAAGAUGCGUAUUUAGGUCGUGUGGUGUUUUUUUUUCAGGUUUUGUUUGAAC